AUUUUCUUUUUACGUCGACUCGGGGAAGCCGGAAGAACAGCGUGUGGGCCUCGGGUAACUCUGAACGCGCCUAAACUCUGCUAAAGCUCUACUUGACAUUAGUGUUUAUUAAUGAAUGUAGAUAGUUAAUCGAUUUUAGGCUUGCGGUGUGACAAUGGGAGCCAACAACAGUACCCGCCGCGUGUCAUUUGAGUCGGACGAGAACGAGAAUGUGACAGUUGUGAAGGGCAUCAGGCUCUCGGAGAAUGUCAUCAAUCGAAUGCGGGGACCUUCUAUGGCCCCUCAUCCACAACCUGUUACUCCUCCACCAUUUGAUCCCAUUCCCUCCUUUCCUCCUCCACCAGUUCCACCUCCCAAGGACACCAUAGCACCUCCUGCUCCACCUCCUCCUCCUCAACCCGAGCAGGUAGAAGCACCCACCGUCAUUGACGUGGUGCUGCCUUCCUCCUCCUUGCCCGCAAUUGUGCCUCCUGCUUUUGAGCCAACCUCUGCUCCUGCUCCUCCUCCCGCUAUUGAGCCGGUGGUGCAGUCAGAAUCUUCUCCUAUCAAUCCAGUACCCCCGUCACCACCUCCUCCUGUUUCACCAGCAAUUGAUGAAGAAGCCCUGAGGAAAAGGAUCAGUGCUGAGCUGUACGAAGGCUUAGAGAAGCAGAGGGUCAAGACGAAGCAAGACCUGCAGGCUUGGCUCGAGGCCGAGAAGUCCCGCGCCUCGGCCCAAGCUCGGGCCGAGGCCAAGCGUCACGCGGUGGACGAGGUGUCCCGCGUUCUUUCCGCCGAACGCGCCGCGGCCGAAGACGGCAUCCAGCAGGCCGCCAUCCGGGAACGCAUCGCCGCCGAGGAAGAGAAGCGGCGCGCUCAGCUCUACGAAAUUGAACUUAGGGCGAAGCAGCUGGAGGCGAAAGAGGCCGACCUGAACAAGCAGGAUGCCUUCUACAAGGAGCAAUUGGCUCGGAUGGAGGAGAGGAGCGCUCAGUUGUACAAGGUCACCACGGAAAACUACCGUCAAGCCGCUGACCAGGUGAACGCCAAGUUCAAGCGCUACGAGACGCACCCGGUCUGCGCCGACUUGCAGGGCCAGAUCCUCGCGUGCUACCGAGAAAACGCCGGGCAGACGCUCCACUGCUCCAACAUCGCAGCCAAGUACCUGCAGUGUGUCAACAACGCCAAACAGAAAAAAAAGCAGGCGGCCUCACGAACGGACGACAUACCAAGUUGAGGACCGGGGGUUAAGAAAGAACGGCAAUACCAACGGCGGCGCAGUCAAGUUUAUUGCGUGGGAUUACCGAUGAUCGACCGAGCGGCUAAAAAAAAAAAGGAGGAGAGGACUGAAAUCGGCACCGAAAUGCGCACCUGAAGUCAGAUCCCCGAGCCCAGUCGUGUAUCUCUCCCAUGGAAGUAGCGUGGCACAAGAGACACUCCCCCACCCCCACCCACCCACCUCACCUACCCCCGUUUGAGGCCUUAGAAGGACAAAGAUGAUCCUCCAGAAGCACCGAGUUGGAAGAUAGAAGCCAUACCUGGACUCCUCCAUCACAAAUUAUUAUUUUUUUUUGCAAACAGUCCAUGUUUGAUGUCGUAAUUCUAUGCACUACCUUGUACACGAUUAAACACGGUCACAUCU